UGAGUCAAGAGGGCUUGAAAAUGACUGCUUUUAUAACUCCUUGUCCAAUGCCACCCACGGAUGAAACUAACCUGGCUCCACUCUGUACCUAGGUGGAGAACCGAUCCCUGCAGGAACGCUGAGGAGCCCCCGCGAUGCAGCCGUGAAUGAUGAGUAGCACCUACUGCGGCAAUUCCUCCGCAAAGAUGAGCGUCCACGAGGUCUCCGAAUCCUCCCUGUCUCUGGAGCAAAAGACCGGCUUUGCCUUUGUGGGCAUCCUGUGCAUUUUCUUGGGACUUCUCAUUAUCAGAUGCUUCAAGAUUCUGUUAGACCCAUAUAGUAGCAUGCCCUCUUCUACAUGGGAGGACGAAGUCGAAGAGUUUGAUAAGGGGACCUUUGAGUACGCACUUGCCUGAGGG